AUGGAUGUAUUUAAUGUGGAAUGCGAUGCUUAUACAUGUCUCGUUAUGCAAGUAUUUCCUUUUUUCUUUCCGGGUUGGUCGACACUUAGCAUGUCGAAUUUAUCUUCAAGCUGGAAGACUACGCGUCGUUACGGUGAACCAUUAAAAAAAGAUAAAGCAGCUGCACUUUUCGAUUCUGUAUUUGCCAAUCAGCCGAAAGCAUCUACUUCGUUGGCAAGACCACUAGAUUUCAAUCCUUCAUCGAAAUGUGUAUCUCCGAAACGGGAUCAAGUUCAUAGUGAGUUGAGUACACCAAGUCCAUCAAGCAGCUCGUUUCUUUCUCCGGCAGUUAGCAUUCCUGACUUCGAAAAGUCUGAUGAAAGCGAUGAAGAGGGUAGUAGUAAUAAAUUUGGAAGUAAUCAUUCAUCGACAUGCACGCUAGAUAUUUCUAUGACACAUGCGACGAUUUCUGAUAGUAAAUCCUCCAGUUCAUCACCUGUCAAGCAAUCCUCUGAAUUAGAUCCAGAUCGCCAAAAAAUUGGAACUCUCAAAUAUCAUUCCACUGAAUCUAAACCGCAACGCAAUGAUGUUUUUUGCUUCGAAGUAGAGGACGAGGAAACUGAAGACACUGAAGGCAGUAAUGAGAUAGCCCCUCAAGCAAAACGCGCAAGACCGGAAGAAAAAUGUACUAGUUCUCAAGAAAGAGCAGGAAGUUCUGGAAAAGGGUAUUCUUUGGGAAUUAAAGCUACAUAUAAACAUAGGUGGAUGUUGGAUGACGAUGAUGAUAAUGACGAUAUUGGGUUGCGUUCGAAGCAUUCAGAUACCGAUUUAAUAACUUCUAAAGCAGAAGAUGAUGGCUCGACUGCUGCAGCAAAUGUAAGUACCAUUGGUUCAUCAGGUACGAUUGAUCGUAGCAGGAAGGUCGAACGAGCACCCGUUUGGAUUCGAGAUGUUAAAGAGGCACAUGAGUGCUUAAAAUCGGGUGAGCAGGAUGAUUUCACUGACGAUGUGAAAUAUAUUUUGAGCACUCUUCUGGAUCCUUCAUCAUCGAACAAUCUGAAAUGUUUAAGCGUCAUAUCACUGGCGAAGAAGUGUGUUUCGAGCGAAUUCCGGCGAUUUUUCCGAUCUAACAAUUUAAUCAGUCGUACGCUGAAAGCAAUUCCUGAUUCACCAAAGUCACCGAGUUUGGCACUUUGCGUCUCAGUGGUUGUUUAUUUGUUGUCUCGCGACACCACUUCUGUAUUCGUUGACGCUUCUGCGCUCCGUUUGUUCAGUCAGUUGUUAAAAUUGGAACAUCCAAAUCCGAAUGAAGAAUGCAUAAGAUAUUCGAAAAUGGCGAUGGAUGUACUAAAAGAAUGGUUGGAAAAAUCGUUUGCAAAUACUGAAUUGAACAAAGUUCAAUUUGAUAUUACGGAAAAAACUCUUUCGCCUUCGUUUCUCAUUUUGGAAUCACUUGUUUACAUAUGCGCACGUAAACAUCGUGAACAGUCAUUGCAAAGUGAAUUGUUGAACGUGGGCAUACUUCAAUGGAUCGUUUCUAAAAUGGACAAAACGGUAUUACGCUUGUUGCACGAGAAAAUAUCAAAUGAGGAUAUGCUUCUUUGCUUGAAAAUUCUUGAACGAUGCUUCAGAGUACUCGAAUCAGCAACAGUCUGCAAUGAGAAGAACGGAGCAUAUCUAAUUAGCCAUCGAGGGAGCGCCCUCAUCCAAUCAUGCGGAAGGCUGAUGUCUUUGUUGUUUCGCACUGUAGGACAACUUGGUGACGAUACCAGUGAAUUAAAGGAGCAAAAUAUCACUUGUCUGAAUCGGAUGGUUGGAUUAUUGAUGAGUUUAUCAUAUGAGAAUGAAUUAUGUUGCACGAAACUUGGUCAAAUGAAUGAUUUCCUCUCACUGUGCGUAUCCUCCUUUACCUAUUUGGUGCCAAAGUAUGUUCGUAAGGAGAAGCAGUUUGAUCUUAUUGUGUUGCUGUGUAGUCUUUUGGUCAAUUUGCUUGAACGAUGUAAUUUCAACAGACGUAAACUGAUUGGGCUUACAGUCCCACUUUAUGAUCUCGAAAGUAAAAUAGAGAGGCAAGAACCAACACUGAAAGCUCUUAGUCAGCUAUUUGUAUAUCAUGAAUCACUGGCUCGUUCGAUCGAUGAGGAACUGGAUAAUGAUCUUGUCAUUGAGGAUGCUCCAGAUGAUAGUGUUAAUCAUGAAGAGGAGGCGGAAGAUGAUGGUCGGUUGCAUCGAUUGCCAACGGAAUUAUCCGAGGAUGAGAUGGUUGAAGCUGUACAAAAUGCUAUGAAUAAGGCUAGCUCACAUAUGGAAGAUUCAGUUUUGGCAUCGUACUUCGCACUUUUGAUUGGAUGUUUAUUAUUGCAAAAUGAGGAGUCAGUAAAUGUAGUGAAAGUAGAAAUGAAGGAUGGAAAGUUGGUUGCACUAAUUGAGCAGCUUCAGCGCUUUCUGGAAUUUAUCAAACUAACGGAUGGGAAGAAAGCACACGUUCGCUUUAUGGAACGCAUUAUUGACUUACUGGAUACAUUGGAUAAUUAG